AUGGUUUUCCUUGCCCCUCCCUCUACACCACCGCCUACCCUCGCCUUUGAAGAUCUCCUCUCCGACCCCACGACGGCGACCAUCACCGUUCGACUCCUGCGUAUGUGGGGAGACGUGGCUACUUCGGACAAAGCUAUUCGGUUGCUCCUCGUGGACCAUAAGAGGCUGUUCUUCCGGAGAAGGUUGCUGUGGGUUUCUUACCUCUGUUGA